GAGAAAUGUCAAAGACUGAAUGUCAACACUGUCAUCUGUUUUUAACCGUGUGUGUGAUGCAAAUAGUGUAAAUUUGCUGUUAAUAAUAUAUCAUUUGAGAAAAUACAAAAUAAAUAAUGUGGCCCAUUGUAAUGGCUUUGCUGCGCAGAAAUGCAGUAUAUUUUACAUUGCCAUUUGCGGCCGUUGUUGGAUUUAUUGGAUAUAAUGUCGAGAAUCUGAUAUCGGACAAGUACACACCGUACAGUCAAUCCAUUCAGGACAACCGUGCUGACAGGCUGGCUGACGAUGAUAUUUUAGCAAAUGCAGCCAAAGUUGAUAAACUGAAGCUAAAGGAAAAUGUACUUGGUCGGAAUCUGUCGCCAUCGUUGCAAGCAAAAUAACACCCGUAGUCAAUAGACAUUACUAUGUAAAUACCGAGAAUAAAUAAAGAAAGCUUAGAAGAAA